AUGGAAGUCGGAGGUUCUACCUCCGCUCCAACCAGUUCUCCGUUCUCGUUUUGCAGACGGCAGACGGUGACCAUGAAGGCGUCUAUUCUUCUGUUACGGUACAUUGCAGAAGCCACAGAUUUCGCUGUGAUAACAAGCGUCAAUGUAUUCCCUGGAGAAAAAUUUGCAACGGACAUCAGGACUGUCGGGACGGCUCAGACGAAGAAAGCUGCUCAGGUCGGAAGAAGCAAUAGCAUUGAGAGUAGCGGGAGCAGCGGCAGUGGCAGCAGCGGCAGCGACACUUCGGAGGAAACGAUUAUCACUACAACAGCCCCUGUACUAACGACCGCUACAACAACAACAACAACAACAACAACCCCUGUACCAACGACCACUACAACAACAACAACAACCCCUGUACCAACAACCAUCAAAUCAACCCCUGUGCCAACGACCGCCACAACAACAACCACUGUAGCAACGACCACAACAACAACCCCUGUACCAACGACCAUUACAACAACGCCUGUGCCAACGACCAACACUACAACAACCCCCGUACCAACGACCACAACUACGACAACCCCUGUAGAAACGACCACCACAACAACAACCCCUGUACCAACGACCACAACAACUACAACAACCCCUGUACCAACGACCACCACAACAUCAACAGCCCCUGUACCAACGACCAUCACAGCAACAAUCCCUGUAAAAACGACCACUACAACAACAACAACCCCUCUACCAACGACCAUUACAACAACGCCUGUGCCAACGACCUCCACUACAACAACCCCUGUACCAACGACCACAACUACGACAACCCCUGUAGAAACGACCACCACAACAACAACCCCUGUACCAACGACCACAACAACUACAACAACUCCUGUACCAACGAUCACCACAACAACAACUCCUGUACCAACGACCACUACAACAACAACAACCCCUGUACCAACGACCACCUCAACAACAACCCCUGUACCAACGACCAUCACAGCAACAACAACCCCCGUACCAACGACCAACACACCAAGCACCCCUGUACCAACGACCAUCACAGCAACCCCUGUGCCAACGACCACCACCUCAACAACAAUAACAACCCCUGUACCAACGACCAUCACAACAACAACAACCCCUCUACCAACGACUAUCACAACAAUGCCUGUGCCAACGACCUCCACUACAACAAUCCCUGUACCAACGACCACAACAACGACAACCCCUGUAGAAACGACCACUACAACAACAACCCCUGUACCAACGACCACAACUACAACAACCCCUGUACCAACGACCACCACUACGAAAGCCCCUGUAGAAACGACCACCACCACCACCACCACAACAACAACAACAACAGCAAUCCCUGUACCGACGAUGACGACCACCACAACAAGCACCCCUCCACUUGCGACCAAUCCAUUUGAAGUCCCUUCCCCGGCGACCACCCAGUUCGACCUCCUUCAACCAGCAACCACUUCGUUCGACCUCCCUCCAUCGACAACCACCCCGUUCAAUGUCCCUCCACCGGCGACCACCCCGUUUGACCUGCCUCCAUCGGCGAUCACCCCAUUUGACCUGCCUCCACCGGCGACCACUCCGUUCAACCUACCUCCGCAGCCAAUCACUCAGUUCGACUUCACUACUCGGCUGACCACCUCCUUUGACCGUUCUCAACAGCUGACAACUAUGUUCAACGUCUCUCCACAGCAGACCACUCUGUUUGAUCUCUCUCCCGAGCCUACCACCCCGUUCGACCUGGCUGCGCUGCCGACCAAGGCCAAGACCAAAGCCAAGGCCAAGGCCAAGGCUAAGGCCAAGGCAAAGGCCAAGGCAAGGACGAAGUCGAUGGCUUUGAUUCUCAAGGCUAAGGCCAAGGCCAAAGCAAAGGCCAAGGCAAAGGCGAAGACGAAGGCUUUGACUCUCAAGGCUAAGGUCAAGUCCUCGACCCUCCAGGCCAAAGCAAAGACAAGGGUUGGAGUUACUCUGUCAUCCAAAGCAAAGGCGCAGGCAAAGGCGCAGGCAAAGGCAAAGGUUGGAGCAAAUGCUCUGUCAUCCAAGUCCAAGGCUUUGACCCUCAAGGCCAAAGCCAAGACUUAUAAGGCCAAGGCAAAGGCAAAGGUAAGAGCAAAGGCUCUGUCAUCAAAGGCGAAGGCCAAGGCAAAGUUUGGAGCAAAGGGUCUGUCAUCCAAGGCCAAGGCGAAGACCAAGGCUUUGACCCUUAAGGCCAAGGCCAAUGCUUAUAAGGCCAAAGCAAAGGCAAAGGUUGGAGCAAAGGCUUUGUCAUCAAAGGCGAAGGCCAAGGCAAAGACAUUCGAUGCAGGGGGCACAGAUUCCGGUGUUAUACUGCAUGGUAUACUACAAAAUGUAUUCCUAGGAGGAAAGUUUGCAACGGACGUAGGGACUGUGCAGACGGUUCAGACGAGGCUAGUUGCCCAGUGGUACAUUGCGGUAGGCAUAGAUUCCGCUGUGAUGACAGGCUUCAAUGCAUUCGCUGGAGGAAAGUUUGCAACGGACAUUACGACUGUUGGGAUCAUUCAGACGAAGAAGGCUGCUCAGGUCGGAAGUAGCAGUAGCAGUGGCAGUAGCAGUGGCAGUAGCAGUGGCAGUAGCAGUGGCAGUAGCAGUGGCAGUAGCAGCAGCGGCGGCGACACUUCUGAGGAAACAACCACCACCACAACAACAACCCCUGUACCAACGACCACCACCACAACAACAACCCCUGUACCAACAACCACCACUACAACAACCCCUGUACCAACGACCACCACAACCACAACCCCUGUACCAACAACCACCACAACAACCACCCCUGUACCAACAACCACCACAACAACCCCUGUACCAACGACCACCACAACAACAACCCCUGUACCAACAACAACCGAUGUCCCUCCACAACCGACCACUCCGUUCGACGUCCCUCCACAGCCGACCACGCCCUUCGACGUCCCUCCACAGCCGACCACGCCCUUUGACGUCCCUCCACAGCCAACAACUCCGUUCGACGUCCCUCCACAGCCGACCACCCCGUUCGACGUCCCUCCACAGCCGACCACGCCCUUCGACGUCCCUCCACAGCCGACCACGCCCUUCGACGUCCCUCCACAGCCGACCACGCCCUUCGACGUCCCUCCACAGCCGACCACGCCCUUUGACGUCCCUCCACAGCCAACAACUCCGUUCGACGUCCCUCCACAGCCGACCACCCUUGGUGGUUCUCCUGUGGAGGACGUCGAACGGAGUGUGGUCGCCGGAGAAGGGACAUCAGACAGAGUGGUCGCCGGUGAAGGGACGUCAAACGGGGUGGUCGCCGAUGGAGGGACGUCAAACGGGGUGGUCGCCGGUGGAGGGACGUCAAACGGGAUGGUCGCCGGUGGAGGGACGACGAACGGAGUGGUCGCCGGUGGAGGGACGACGAACGGAGUAAUGGUCGCCAGUGGAGGGACGACGAGUGGAGUGGUCGCCAGCGGAUAUACGCACCCCAGUCGCCGAUGGAGGGACGUCAAACGGAUCGAGUGUUCACUUUGGCCACAAUAG